GUUCUCCAUCCCAAACAACAUGGCUUCCUCCCUAUUAAAGGGGCCUUAAUGUUUUCGAAGGUAAACAACGCGGAAAUGUUUUGUUUUGUAUACAUUUACAUUAAGGACAACAUGUGACUAAGUUUGUAGUGUUUUGUUUUACAUUUAUACCAUUGAAGAGCCGCCCGUUUCGGACAGAAUCGACUGUGUUUAUCGGCUCGACGUUAGCAGGCCCGCAGCGAGACCCCGGGUUUUCCUGCUAAGCUUCCACGGACUCAGCGCUUCCCUCAGCGGUCGCGUGGCUAGUCACCGCUCCGCUGACACGGUGUAUAAAACAGUAAAGCUAAUUAGGCUAAGUGCUCGUUUUUUGUGUGUGUGUGAAUCUCGACAUAUAAAAAGACGUUUCAUUUUAUUUUCCCGCAAACGAAAGUUUAUUUUGAUCGUAUAGUUUGCCCUGUGGUAAAGUGAUCAGACUUCAUUUUGUACGAAACUUUUUUGCAGAAUCGGAGGAUGAGCAGGGGACGUGGCACAAAAAAAAGACUGCCUCCAGACAAGCCAGACACUCCUGAGUCUUAUGACGAGGUGAUUCUGGACGAGGUGAAGCAGCUUUUUAGCAAAGUGAGAGGGUACAGCGCUCCACCUGGAAGUGACUGGUGCUUACCAGACCCCAGCGUGGCGCUCUGUGACCUGCCAUGGAGUCAUCCACCUCUGCAGGCGCUGAAAAACUCCCUGAACGAGGUGAAGGAUCGGCUCAGUGACAAAGAUUUAUCGGUGUGGCACCAGCACACUUGCUCCACUAACCGAGCGGGUACCAUCAUAUCCCACCUUCGUGAGACCACCAAUGCAGAACUUUGCACUCAGGCCUGGGCCAAAUUCUACGAAAUCCAAGGAACCUUUAAACUCCUAUCAGAAACGGCACUUCAGAACGGUGAUUUCAACUCGGUUCAUCUGUGUGAAGCUCCCGGAGCCUUUAUUUCUGCGCUCAAUCACUUCCUCCAAACCAGCAGGCUGUACUGUGACUGGACCUGGGUUGCUAACACGCUGAACCCAUAUCAUGAAGCUAAUGCUCGGAGUUGCACGAUUGCAGAUGACAGACUCAUUGCUCAUACUCUUCCUUGGUGGUUUUUUGGCUCGGACAACACCGGUGACAUCAUGCUUCAGAAGCAUUUGCUAGAGCUACAAGUGUUUGUUAGUAACAUGCGCAGAGUGGAUUUGGUCACAGCAGAUGGAAGCUUUGACUGUCAGGGUGACCCUGGAGAGCAGGAGAGUUUAGUGGCUCCUCUGCAGUACUGUGAAACCGUGUGUGCUUUACUCUUACUUGCCCCAGGAGGUUCAUUUGUCCUAAAGAUGUUCACGCUUUUUGAGCAUUCGUCCAUUUGCCUUCUAUACCUGCUUGUGUACUGCUUUUGCUCGGUUCAUGUUUUCAAACCUGCAACUAGUAAAUCUGGGAAUUCUGAGGUCUACAUUGUGUGUUUAGACUUCAAAUCCAAAGACGAUGUCCGGCCGCUGUUGUCGAAGCUGAUCCGCAACUACGGUCCAGAGAUCAUUUCAACUUCAGCAUUGUUUCCAAAAAGCUGCAUUCCCAGCUCUUUCCUCAGGCAACAUGAGGAAAUCUGUGCAUUUUUCCAUGAACUGCAGAUCAACACCAUCCAGGAGAAUCUGCAGCUCUUUACCAGUAUGACUGCUGAGCAACGCAAGCGUCUAGAUCAGCUCAGAGAAUGUGCUGCACAGUUCUAUGUGCAACGUUUUCAGGUGCAGUAUUUAUCACGUAAGCGAAGGGUGUGCCGAGGUGGAUCGCUGGCUUGGGGGAAACCUUGCCAGAGGAAGCAGAUGGGAUCAUAUAACCAGCGCAAGGAGAUACAGUUUAAGGAAUGGAGGCAGCGUCUUGCACAUGGACCUUACCAGACAUGGAUAGAAGAACAUUUUCAGGGUGAGGAAGGACAUCAUUUUGUACUGACUGGUCCUAUGGCUGAAUGUGACUUAAACACAUGGUUCAGUCAUGUGGGAGCAACACUCCCAAAAGUUUGCAGCUCUGCUUUCUGUGAUCCGGAGUUAUUGGGUCUGCUUAAUGAUGCCAUAGAGGGGCUCACAGUGGUCUUGAAGGAACAGCCGUUGGCUAAAAACACACCAGCUUGCAAACUUUGCUCCAUCAGGACUUCAUCUCCUGCCUCCAUAUUAAAUGAAAUCUGCAGCUUUCCAGAUGUUGCUUUUUGCAUGGUGUUGGUUGAUAACCCGUUAUGGAAAGAUCUACCACUUUCAGGAACCAGGCUGCAAUUCUGUCCAGGUCCUUGCUACCCUGAGAUGUGCAUUUCCACUUUGCACGACGGAGACCCGCUUCUUCAACACAAGCUACUGAGCAGUGUGUUUGCAGCUCUGUGUGGACUCUCUGAAGGAUCAGCACUGGUGGUUCCAUUGUGCUCGGCUCUGACCCGCUUCACUGCAUCUCUGGUCCUCACACUCCACCUGUGCUUCCGCUCGGUCGGUUUCCGACGCUCUGUCUACGGCCCACCUGUCGUGCUGCUCUGUGUAGGAUUCUCCUCAGUACCUCAGAUAAACACCAUCCUACAGGAUGUCCUGGACCAAAUGAGAACGCUAGAACCCGGCAGGCAGCUUCUGCAGUUUGCUCCGAUGGAAGAACUGAUCAGAGGUUCACUGCCUCAGUUUCUGUCCAACCUCAACAACACGGUUUUGAGGCAGCAGCUCCAUUCACUUCUACCACUGCAGCAGAAUAGAUGACCGGCAAUGUCUCGGGGCUCUCCAUGGCUCUUGCGUCUCCUUUACUGGCUUGGCCAUACAGAAUCCUUCUCUGGAGGAAUUGAUAACUCUCAAAGACAGAUAGUACUGUCCAUCACUCUCAUUCCUCAGGGCUUUUAGUUUCCUUUUUAAUAUUUUUUCCACACUCGCACAUAGACACUACACAGUUUUUCCACAGCGUCGUGAUUGAAUUCUGGAGUCAGUAGUAUGCAGGUGUGCAGUAAUUCUGUAUUGGUGUUUCAGCCAUAACACGAACAGCAGGUUUAUAUUAAUGCUCUCUAAUGUUAUGGUUUCCAAAGCAACAGCUCAAACACAGGCACUUGUAUGAUGGACGCUCUUAAGAAUAAUCUCAGACUGAUUAUAAACAUGUUUUUUAAAAAAACAUGAUGUUCAACGAAGUGAAAUCUGUAAUCUGUGAUGUGAUAAUGAUGAUGAUUUUUUAUUAGAGACCAAACGUGUUCAUUAAUAAAUGAAUCAUUAGAGUAGUGCAAAUGGCUGUGGAUCAAGCAGAAUAACACACUCCACACCGCACAGUUCUACACACAUUGACAGUGGUUCUGAUUGAAUGUUGUGUAUUGAGUUGUAGAAUUAUUUAUAUUAAAUCUAAAUGUUUUCAAGUACUUGAACUGGUACUGUGAGGUGUGUUAGCUACUAUAUUUUUUGCCUUCAUUUAUUAAAAGAAGUUUAUUUUUGGA